CGAGAGGCGCUCAGUCGACCUGCAGGUGGGACCAGGCCAUAAACCACUCACUCACUCACUCACUCGUUCAUCUGCUCGUUCAUUGCUUCAUUUAUUGAGACAAUGUGCGACUUGGAUCCAUCUGAAGCUCUAGAAAGCUCAUCCGACUUAGAUGAUGCAGGAUGUGAAUCACGCUGCUUCAACAUGAGGGAGGUCCAGGAGGAGAUCAUCAGGAUGGACGAGGGUCUGGAGCUGCAGGUUUCCCGCGACCCCAAAACGCUGCAGAUGGUGACCACCGUGGUGAUGGCGGCGAGCCGGAUGAAGCGCUCGCUGGGCCGCCGCGGGCUCAGCAACAUGGCGCUCUGCAGCGGCAUCAUGGAGAGCCUGGUGACCGAAACUGUCGUCACGACGACAAGGAGCUCAUCGAUGCAGCCGUUCCUGCGGGUCAACAGCGAGGAGGUUUGCACUCUGAGUGACGUCUCACACAAAGACGUCAUCUGCGGGUCCGGAGGGACGAUCCUGCAGGCGAUGGUCCUGAAGGGAGGACACUCCGAUCACAAAGUGAGUUUUAAACUGGUGAGGUUCCUAAAUCCCAGCCUGUCCCCUAUGGACUGUAUCCCUGUCCUUCUGUCGGUAACCAACAGCAACCGCCACAUCUCCUGCUGCAACGAGGGCGGCAAGGUUGUGCUGAAACUGGAGGAAUACGACCAUGAGCUGCAGAACAUCAGCCCGCGGGAGGACACGGACCGCUUCCUGUUCUUCAGGAGGACCACCGGGGUGGACCUCAACACCUUUGAGUCCGUCAGGUGCCGCGGCUGGUUCAUCGGUACCCCGGAUGAGGACGAGGGCCAGGCGUGCACGGUGGAGAUGUGCACGGUGGACUGCGCGCACCGGCAAACCGCCUUUAAAAUGAACUGAAUGAACUUGAAUAAUGUUGUGUAGCUUUAUUGUGACUCGCCGGCAGGUGGAGCUAGCGCGCUAAAUACAUCCUUCUCAUUGAAGAGAGACCGUGGUCACAGGUUGUAAUCUAUUCAUCUGCCGUCUGUUUCU